GUUUUUAGAGGGAUGGAUGAGAGUUUGUAGAUGUCUUCCAAUUGUCUGAUUCAACCUGAGAAAAAACGGAAACUAGAAGAGCAAGAAGACACUUUCUCCAACUGCCACAAGGCAAUUCCAACAGGUGAUCAGUUUCCACUGAAGAACUUGUGUGUUACCGAAGAGAUUAACGGCGUCGCGUUGUUGACCCCAACGAGUGCUGAAGUGACAACCGAGAACAACUACCCUCCUACUACCAGUGAUAUAAAGAACGGCUGCACGACGACCACCGCUAACGGAGAAGACACUCACCAACUGAAACACAAACAAACUUCAUCUGCUAACAACAACAAAAUGACGGUAGGAAAAGCUCAAAAUGGAGUUCAGAACGGAGCCGCAGCGACUGGACAACAGUUCCUGGACGUGGAACCAAAGAUCAACGAGGAUCUCUAUUCGCGCCAGUUAUACACUCUGGGCAAAAGUGCCAUGUUGGAAAUGAGGAAGACGAAAGUGCUUAUCAGUGGCAUGGGAGGCCUGGGGGUGGAGAUCGCGAAAAAUGUGAUUUUGGCGGGAGUGCGGGCCGUCACGGUGCAUGAUGUGACUGCAGCGUCUAUGUCGGAUCUGUCCUCUCAGUAUUAUUUAACUAAACAGGAUGUUGGAAAGAAUAGAGCUGAGUGCUGUUGGGAGAAACUGGCCGAACUGAAUCCGGAGGUGAGUGUGAGCAGCCUCACUCAGAAACUCAGUCUCGACUACAUCAAGCAAUUCAACGUAGUGGUGCUAACCGAGAGCCGAGAGGAGGAGCUGCGAUCAGUCGGCGACUUCUGUCACGAGAACAAGAUCAAGUUCAUCGUUGCUCAGACUGUAGGCCUGUUUGGAAUGAUUUUCAAUGAUUUCGGAAAGGGUUUCGUCGUGAAUGACCACAACGGAGAGGACCCCCUGAGUGCUAUGAUUGCAAGUGUGACUAAAGGAGAGAAGGGAGAGGUGACAUGUCUGGACGAGACCAGACACGGAUUCGAGGACGGAGACUUCAUCACUUUUAAAGAAGUAGAUGGCAUGAGUGAAUUGAAUGGAAAAGAGUUCCAAAUUGAAGUCACUGGUCCUUACACCUUCAAAAUUGGCGACACCUCAUCGUUCUCCGACUACAAAACAAAAGGAAUUGCUACACAAGUGAAAAAGCCUAAAAUUGUUGAUUUUAAACCGUAUAGUGAAGCAGUAAAAGAGCCUGAGAUUCUCAUUGCAGACUUUGCCAAAUUCUCAACACCACGACAAUUGCAUUUCGCUUUUCAAGCUUUAGACAAAUUCAUGGCCGAGAAGAAUCGCAAGCCGGCUGCGUAUAGUGCAGCUGACUCUAAAGAGUUGCUGGCACUAACUACAAAAAUAGCUGGCGCGGACGAAGAGUUGGACACAAAAUUAAUGGACAUGUUUUCGUUCACGUGCGACGGGCAAGUGUGUCCGAUGAAUGGAGUUAUCGGCGGAAUCACUGCUCAGGAGGUCAUCAAGGCGUGCUCUGGGAAGUACAUGCCCAUUUACCAGUGGUUUUACUUUGACUCCGUCGAGAGUUUGCCACUCGACUGGGACAAGAUGACCGAAAAAGAUUGUGCUUCUACAAAUACCCGCUACGAUGGCCAAAUCAAAGUUUUCGGUGCUAACAUGCAAAACAAACUGGGAGAUAUGAACGCUUUCAUAGUGGGAGCAGGUGCUAUAGGGUGUGAACACCUGAAGAACUUCUCCAUGGUGGGCAUAUCUGCAGGCAGUAAGGGCAAACUCACAAUCACGGACAUGGACACGAUCGAGACAUCCAACCUCAAUCGCCAGUUCCUCUUCAGAAAGGAAGAUGUCAAAUCGGAAAAGAGUGCGUGUGCGGCUAGAGCAGCCAAGGGAUUCAAUCCGGACCUGAACAUAGAGCACAAGUUUGAGAAGGUGUGUCCAGAGACAGAGGGUAUGUUCGGCGACAGCUUCUUCGAAGGACUUGACUUGGUAGCCAAUGCACUGGACAACAUCGCUGCACGUGAAUACAUGGACCGCAGAUGUGUGUACUACCGCAAGCCCCUUCUGGAGAGUGGAACCCUGGGCAGCAAAGGAAACACCCAAGUGGUCAUACCGGACAUCACAGAGUCCUACAGCUCCACCAGGGACCCCCCGGAGAGCUCAUUCCCCAUCUGCACCCUGAAGAACUUCCCCUACGAGAUCAGCCACACCCUCCAGUGGGCCAGGGAAGAGUUCGAGUCCAUGUUCUCUACGCCCUUCUUCACAGCAGCUCAGUUCUCAGACGUGAAGGGCGAUGCGGCUAAAGUGGACGAACUGUUUGCUAAGUUGAAAAAACAACCCGCGUCACAAUGUAAAGAAAGUCUGGUGCAGCUAAAGCGAGUCAUCCAAGAGAAGCCCUCGUCCUUCGAAGACUGCGUGAAGUGGGCCCGUGGCUGCUGGUUGGAGAGAUUCCGCAACCAAAUAGCCCAACUUCUAUUUGCCUUCCCCGCUGACAAGAAGGCGAGUAGUGGAGCCGAUUUCUGGUCGCCACCUAAAAGAUGUCCCGAAGCACUGCAGUUGGACUUGUCCUACCAAUAUCAAAUCGAGUACAUAGCGUCUGCAGCACUUUUGAGAGCUGAAAAUUUCAAUAUUAGAACUUUUGAACAGUGCAGAACGAGCAAGGCUAACAUGGAUCACACUUUGGAAGAGGUUAGAUCUAUUUUGGGUAGCUUGCCGGAGCCUCCUGUUUUUAAAGCGAGAGAGGGAGUGCGAAUUGCGGAGAACGACGCGGAACUGGACGCCAUGAACAACGAAGGCGAUGAUGAAGUGGAUUCGUUAUUGGAAGAGUGUAAGAGUUUGGUGACUGGACCUGCGGCUGCUAAGCUGAAUAUAAAAGCGAUUGACUUCGAGAAAGAUGAUGAAUUGAACUGGCACAUAGACUACAUUACUGCUGCUUCGAACAACCGGGCUACCAACUAUUCGAUUGAGUUGGCUGAUAAAUUCCAGAGUAAGAAGAUAGCGGGUAAAAUUAUUCCUGCCAUCGCUACAACCACUGCUGUCAUGAGUGGACUCGUAUGCUUAGAACUGUUCAAGAUAGUAAACGGGGAGACAAAUAUUGAGAAGUACAAGUGUAGUUUCGUGAAUUUGGCGCUGCCAUAUUUUGGAUUUUCGGAACCUCUUCCCCCGAAGAAGACCAAGUACAACGACACGGAAUGGACUCUUUGGGACAGAUUCGAGUUGAGUCAUGCAGAGAUGCCGACAGUGAAGCAUCUGAUGGACUAUUUCGAGAGUGAGCACAAGAUGGAGGUGCAGAUGAUAUCCUACGGGGUGUCCAUGCUCUACUCCUUCUUCAUGCCACCUGCAAAACAGAAGACCAGACAGUCACAGAGCGUGAAAGCAAUAAUUGAAGAGAUUCUGAAGAUGCCUUUGGAGUCGCAUGUGAAGUAUGUGGUGUUGGAACUGUGCUGCGAACAGAACGACGAGGAUGUCGAAAUCCCCUACGUCAAGUUCAAAAUCGAUUGAGCAUGUUCGACCUUAACACCAGCUGAGCCCAGUCCACAUUGAAAGCAAACAAGAAUGUCUUGUGACCGCUUGUACAUGAUGAUCAAUUUUCCCGAUUGGCCGAAAAGCUCAGAGAAAUCUGAAAAUACUCAGACUGUUUUUUGAAUACUUUUUCAUCGAAUUUGAUGUAAUACCACGCUAUUAACAUAACUACUAUAAUUUAAAUUGAUCAGGCUUAUUGCAUAAGUCAUUUAAAUUUAGCGCUUGAUAUAAUUUAACGACCAUGACCAUUCGGAAGAAAUUGUACGAUACAGUUGUGAUGCAAACGCAGUUGCUAUGAUUUGUUGACUAUUUAUAUCAAAUUUAUUGUUCGUGUGUUU